CUUUCCAGCAAUUCAAAUCGAACCCACCACCGAAAGCUGUUGCAAUUACAGACUCGCUGCUUUUUCCCGGCCUCCCUCACUCACCCGAAUUCGAAAAACCAAUCUGAUACGCGUGCUGCAGAUUUCCACCCCAAGGGAGUGUGGCAGCUCUCCCACAGAUCCUACCCAAACCACAAUCUCGCCGCGGUCUCCAAUGGGAGCCGAGCCGGUGGACUUCUCGCCGCCGCCGCCGCCGGAGCCGACGCUUUCGCCGGAGCCGGAGAUCUCCGGCAAGGACAGAGGAGGGAACUGGAAGGCGGACAUGAUGUCAGCUCUCGGGGAGUCGGUUUCCUUCGGCCGCUUCCUCUCGGAGCCGCUCGAAUGGGGGAAGAGGUCCGCCUUCGCGCACAACCGCUACCUCGAGGAGGCGGCGGUGCAGGCGCGCCCGGGCUCAGUCGCGCAGAAGAAGGCAUUCUUCGAGGCGCACUACGCUAGGAAGAAGCGCAAGAGCGAGGACCACGCCGCCGCCGCCAGUGAUGAUGUUGCAGGCGGUGAUGGCGAGCUCGAGGCGGCAGAGGAUGGUGGUGCCGCGUCGUGGUCGUUGUCUGCUACUGAGUCUUCCUGCAUGACGGAUGAACCACCGGCACCAGCAGAGGAAGUGUGCUGCGGUUGGGAGGAGGACAGAGUGGUGGAUUGUGGUGGCAGCGCCAGCGACAAGCCAGUACACGUGCCGGAGGAGCUCGCGGACAUCACCGAUGCCGUUGGGCCCUGUUGCAGGAUGGAUGCGCCCACGGAUGAGACACAGCACAUGGAGGGCGGCGACGAAGUGGUUGGAGCAGUUUUGCCCUUGCAGAAGCAGGAUUUGUGCAUGGAUAGUUUGACGGCUGUUGAUGCCACUUUGAAGGAAAUCUCUAUUUUGAAUCAGGAUAUCACAGAUUCUGUCAAGAGAAGGAGGAUCCAGAUGGCGUCCCUGCUUCCAAAGCCGGCAAAGCUCAGCUCUCCCCCCACAGCAAAGAAAGGGCAGAAUUCCUCAGCUAAAAGAAGGUCAAUGCGGCAUUCUGCAAAGGAGAAUAACUCACCUCCUAGUGCAGGCAGUAACAAGCUAAGAACAACUUCGACCCCCAAAAAGAGGUCAACGCUGUCAGCCUUGCAUAUGUCUAUGAGUUUCCCGAGAUGUGAAUCUGGCAAUACUUCCAUGGCGUCAAGAAAUCUUGGUACCACAAUCGCUGCUAGGAUUAGCGAGUUGGAACAUGCAAAUGCAACCAAGCCUGCAGAAAAAAACACUAAGCCUCAUGAUUUGAGGCUACCAAGAAAGAAAUUUUCCAGCGCUUUACCAGAAAUUGCUCCAAGGACAUCUCAAGUCGAUGAAGAAAGAUCAUCACAUAUAAUGAAAAUCAAAGAAAAGCUAUUUGGUUCAACAUUUCCAACACUGCAUCAGAAAUAUGGUAUAACCAAAGAAAAAGAGGCUACUCAAGAAAUCCUAAGUUCUUCGAAGUCUGGCCAUCUAUCAAGGGAUAUUAAUCAAGCACACCAAACGGGUAAAGAUGCACAAACGAGUAAAGAUGCAUCUGAUGCCAAACAAAUAUGUUGUUUCCCCCUUAGAAAGAUGUAUUAGAUCUAUUUUAUUUAGUGUUUCCAUUAUAUAUUAGCCUAUUCUUUUCAUUCAUAUUCAGUGACCUAUUUGGGACACCUAAUAUGUAGCAAGGUUAUCUUUUAAGCCAGCUUGGAGGAUAACAUUCUCAAUCCAUCCAAUCUCAUGGCAUAAUGUUUGUGGUGGUAAUCUAGACUAACUUUUCAUGGCUUUGAAGUGUAA